AUGGAUCUGUUACGAACUCUUGCGCUGGUACGGGAGGAAUUCUCCGCGACCACCAGGAUUGAGGUGGAUGCUCAACUUGUGGUUCAGAUUAUUAACAACCUCAUGUCUGCUAAUGCAUGCGCUGAUUGGUUGGCCAAUUUAGGGUGUCAACUUGAAAGUUAUCAGGAUUUGAACAUCAGCCAUCUACAUCUGAUAUUGAAAGAUUCUUCAUUGCCUUUGGUUCCCCUCAUGGUCAUUUUGUGGGAUUGCAAGGCUAGCCCACUGGAUAUUGUUUUUGGCUGCAUGAGCCCUUACAAGCUCAAGGUCAUCCAUCAGAAUGGCCAAUGCUCAUCCCAAGCACGCCAGGACAAUACAUCACAUGUGGAGCUCCUCCGUUGGGACCAAGCCCGGGUCGACUACAUCCACCGUCGGGCUGCCAAAGCCACCGCCAUCCUCAAUGCUAGUGGAGGCUCUCUUUUCGCAGGAGUUCCAGUAAACAUCGGCAUAGCUCUUAAUACCGACCAUUAUAUCAUUAAAAUAGGCCUAGGCACCCCUACAACGUCCUUCUCAUUUGUUUUUGACACAGGUAGCGAUCUCACAUGGACCCAAUGCCUUCCUUGCAUUAAUUGCUAUGACCAAAAAGACCCAUUUUAUGACCCAACCCAAUCCUCCUCCUUCGACAACAUCCCAUGCAACUCUGAAUAUUGUGUCAAACUAAAUCAUUUUGGUUGCUCCUCUACCUCGACAUGUCUCUACCAUGAAGAAUAUGAGGAUGAUUCUUAUACUAAUGGCUCCUUCAUCCAAGACAACUUAAAAUUCUCCUCUAAUAUAAUACAAAACUUCAGCUUUGGCUGUGGACAUAAUAACAGCGGGGAAUUUGGACAAGUAGAUGGGUUGCUGGGCCUUGGUCGGGGGGAUCUUUCAAUUAUUUCCCAGACAGCUCAAUUGUAUAAUAAGGUAUUCUCAUAUUGUCUACCAUCAGGGCCCAACAAAAUUGGAUUUCUUGAACUAGGUAGUUCUGUCCCUAGUGUGAAUUAUACACCUAUGUUAUCCAACCCAAACCUUCCAUCCUGGUACUUCCUCAAACUCAUUGCCAUUUCUAUUGGGGGAACAAGGCUCCCCCUUUCAUCUACUGUAUUCACCGGCCCAGGAACCAUGUUGGACUCUGGCACAGUGAUUACCCACCUGCCGCCCACUGCCUACUUCGCUCUCCGUAACAUAUUUCAACAGUACAUGAAAAGAUACCCAACAGCGCCGCCACUAAAUAAUCUUGACACAUGUUAUAACUUAACUAAUUACGAGAAGGUGUCGGUUCCCUCAAUUGUGUUGAUCUUUGACCAAGUGACUGUUAAUUUAGAUUUCAUGGGGAUAGUUUAUAUAGCCAGUAAUUCUCAAGUGUGCUUAGCCUUCGCUGCAAAUUAUGAUGAUGAUGAGAUUGUGGUAAUUGGAAAUACACAACAACGCAGGUACAUUAUUGUUUAUGAUCUGAGGAAAUCAAAAAUUGGCUUCAGGGCUAAUGGUUGUAGCUAG